UCAAAGAUUUUUCUGGUGGUACUAGGACUCGAUGGGGCAGAGAGGCAAAAACAAGAGGCCCAAGGACCAGAAAAUGGCUGUUGCAAUGAUCUAGACUAAAUAGGAUGGUGGCCUCUACAAGAGUAGCAACUGUGGAAAUAAAAUAGUAGUCUCCACGGUGUAAGAGAGGGUGAUUGAUCAGGUCUGGCUGGGCCUGGUGGCGGGCACAGAGGUAAGUAGCAGUUGAGAGUACACAGAGCAAAACGUCGGGGCAGAGGGUACGCCUAGUCCAAAACAUACGGCGAAGGCUGGCCGAAGGCGGGGCAGGGCGUGGUGGGAAGCUCUGCGGUCGCGGCUGCCGCACUCCGGGCCGGAUCGCCCUGGGCUCCCCACAGCUACUUCGCCAUGGCGGGCCCUGGCCCGGGUGCGGCGCUAGAGUCCCCGGUACCGGCUCCGGACCCCUCCGCGCGGCCCGCGACAGCAUCGAGCUCCGGCGCGGCGCCUGCGUGCGCACCACGGGCGAAGAGCUGUGCAACGGCCACGGCCUCUGGGUGAAGCUGACCAAGGAGCAGCUGGCAGAGCACCUGGGCGACUGCGGACUGGAUGAAGGCUGGCUGCUGGUGUGCCGCCCAGCGGAGGGCGGGGCCCGCCUCGUACCCAUAGACACCCCGGCCCCCCUCCAGCGGCAGCAGCAGCUCUUCGGCGUGGACUAUCGCCCGGUGCUCAGAUGGGAACAGGUAGUAGACCUGACAUACUCGUAUCGCCUCGGAUCGAGGCCUCAGCCGGCAGAAGCUUACACGGAAGCUGUACAAAGGCUACUCUAUGUGCCCCCGACAUGGACCUACGAGUGCGACGAGGACCUGAUCCACUUCCUGUAUGACCAUCUGGGCAAGGAGGAUGAGAACCUGGGUAGCGUGAAGCAGUAUGUGGAGAGCAUAGACGUUUCCUCCUUCACGGAGGAGUUCAAUGUGUCCUGCUUGACAGACAGCAAUGCAGACACCUACUGGGAGAGUGAUGGGUCCCAGUGCCAGCACUGGGUACGGCUUACUAUGAAGAAGGGCACCAUUGUCAAGAAGCUGCUACUCACAGUGGAUACCACGGAUGACAACUUCAUGCCUAAGCGGGUGGUGGUCUAUGGGGGAGAAGGGGACAAUCUGAAGAAGCUCAGUGACGUGAGCAUUGACGAGACCCUGAUCGGGGAUGUCUGUGUCCUGGAGGACAUGACCGUCCACCUCCCAAUCAUCGAGAUCCGCAUCGUUGAGUGCCGAGAUGACGGGAUUGAUGUUCGCAUUCGAGGGGUCAAGAUCAAGUCAUCCAGGCAGCGGGAGCUAGGGCUGAAUGCAGACCUGUUCCAGCCAACCAGCCUGGUGCGAUACCCACGCCUGGAGGGCACUGACCCAGAAGUCCUAUACCGGAGAGCUGUCCUCCUGCAGAGAUUCAUCAAGAUCCUAGACAGUGUCUUGCACCACCUGGUACCUGCCUGGGACCACACACUGGGCACCUUCAAUGAGAUUAAGCAAGUGAAGCAGUUCCUACUCCUGUCGCGCCAGCGGCCAGGCCUGGUGUCCCAGUGCCUGCGUGACUCAGAGAGCAGCAAGCCUAGCUUUAUGCCACGCCUGUACAUCAACCGGCGCCUUGCCAUGGAGCACCGUGCCUGUCCGUCUCGGGACCCUGCCUGCAAGAACGCAGUCUUCACCCAGGUUUAUGAAGGCCUCAAGCCCUCUGACAAGUAUGAGAAGCCCCUGGACUACAGGUGGCCCAUGCGUUACGACCAGUGGUGGGAGUGCAAAUUCAUUGCAGAAGGCAUCAUUGACCAAGGGGGCGGUUUCCGGGACAGCCUGGCAGAUAUGUCAGAAGAACUGUGCCCUAGCUCAGCCGACACUCCUGUGCCUCUGCCCUUCUUUGUGCGCACAGCCAACCAGGGCAAUGGCACUGGCGAGGCCCGGGAUAUGUAUGUGCCCAAUCCCUCCUGCCGAGACUUUGCCAAGUAUGAGUGGAUCGGACAGCUAAUGGGGGCUGCCCUCCGGGGUAAGGAGUUCCUGGUCCUGGCUCUGCCUGGUUUCGUGUGGAAGCAGCUGUCUGGUGAGGAGGUGAGCUGGAACAAGGAUUUCCCAGCUGUGGACUCUGUGCUGGUGAAGCUUCUGGAAGUGAUGGAAGGAAUGGACAGGGAAACAUUUGAGUUCAAGUUUGGGAAGGAGCUAACAUUCACCACUGUACUGAGCGACCAGCAGGUGGUGGAGCUGAUCCCUGGCGGUGCAGGCAUCGUGGUAGGCUAUGAGGACCGUUCUCGUUUCAUCCAGCUGGUGCAGAAGGCACGGCUAGAGGAGAGCAAGGAGCAGGUGGCAGCCAUGCAGGCGGGUCUGCUGAAGGUGGUGCCUCAGGCUGUGCUGGACUUGCUGACCUGGCAAGAGUUGGAGAAGAAGGUGUGCGGAGACCCAGAAGUCACAGUGGAUGCUCUGCGCAAGCUCACCCGGUUUGAGGACUUCGAGCCAUCUGACACGCGGGUGCAAUAUUUCUGGGAGGCGCUGAACAACUUCACCAACGAGGACCGGAGCCGCUUCCUGCGCUUCGUCACUGGCCGCAGCCGCCUACCAGCCCGGAUCUACAUCUACCCUGACAAACUGGGCUAUGAGACCACAGACGCGCUGCCUGAAUCUUCCACCUGUUCCAGCACCCUCUUCCUACCGCACUAUGCCAGCGCCAAGGUGUGUGAAGAGAAGCUCCGCUACGCUGCGUACAACUGCGUGGCUAUUGACACUGAUAUGAGUCCUUGGGAGGAAUGAGGUGGUGCCAGGGUGCAGUCUUGGGUCUGCGGGAGACUGCCUGCACCUGUGCCAGACUCGUACCCUCACCCGGGCAAAACUGGUUUCUCUGCUCCGGUUUGGGCCUGCAUCCCUGUCGUGAGCUGAAAAACCCAGCACGCCCUCGUCCUGCAUGCAGUUGGACUGGGGGCAGUGGAUUAACACCAGUGGCCCAGCCCUGCAGACCCACAAGCCCUACUCGUGCUGGGGCUUAUUUCCAAGGCAUUUAGCCUCUGUAAAAAAGAACCUUCCAGAAGCCCAGCACAAGCUGCCAGGCCUGAGCUACUUGAAGGGGGCCUUCUAGCUCCCCAACCUCAUUGAUUUUGCUUUGGUUUUCAGCUCCACCUUUUUUUCUUCUUCUUCUUUUUCUUUCCCUGGCUGGAGCCAGGGCUCAGAACUAAAAACUUCAGAGGAUGGGAGAGGCCCCUCCACAGGAGGUAGGGGAGAUGGUCAUCCGCUUCGUCACUUGCUCCAGGAUGACUGAGGGCUGAGUGGGGCCGAGCGGGGCUGAGCGGCGCUUUCCUCACACAGGUGUGAGCUCUGUCUUUCCUCCAACCCAGUCUCCACUGAAAAUGUGCCACUGCCUUCCCUGGCUCAGAACCCACAUCCACACCACAUUAAGUCUUGACUACUCCCACCACCCCAAAAGCAGACCUUCUGCCUCACCUCCAGACUGACUUCCCAUCUGCUGCUUCUGACCUAAGAUUUUGCACAGGUUAAGGCCAGUAUGUCUUCCUUGAAAUCUUCAAUAGCUCCCCUUUACUUAACUCUAAAAUAAACCCUAGACUUUAUUUUAGAAUAAAAUGAACGCCCCAGCUCUCAUUCCUUGAGGGCUUCUGUGACACUCCAUCAAAAGAUCUUACACAUGGAAAGGUGAAUAAAUAAAUGAAUUCAUUUCUUCA